CCACCGCAGCACCGAUCGUUGUCGCAGCCGCCGCCUCUCGAGGUUGCGGCCACCUGUCAGAUCGCGGAUCGCCCCAGGGUGCGCACGCCCCAGAACCCACACCUACCGCACAAUUCCUCUCAGCACAAUGACGCGCGCGCCGGUUAUCCUGCUGUUGUUGAUCGGGCAGCUCCUGCUUCGGUGUGAGGGCGUCGCCCUGCGCGCCGGACCAGACAGCGAUUGCCUGGACGCCGUGCCCGGGGACACCUGCCACACGUUCGUCACGUGGUCCCUCGAGAAGGGUCUCGAGAAGCACCCGGACUGGUACCCGUCGUUCAAGCGUUCGGACUCGAAUGAGCAGAAUUUCAAGCAGAUCCAGGAGAUUCUGCACUCUCACGGCAAGGGUAGUUGUCGCAAGCCUUGCUCCAUUGCGACGUCGCCGCCCAGCUCCGAUCGUCUCGAGCCUCCCGCAGACGAGGUCCAGAAGGUGCCCGACGCCGAGGCCGAGGAGACUCCGGCUGAGGCUCCAGCCGUCGCUGUGGAGGAGGCGAAGCCGGAGGCGGCACCCAUCACGCCCAUGGAAGAGGCGGGCCCCGCUGUGGCCCCAGCGCCAGCAGCUCAGGAAGCCGCGCCAGCCGCUCCCGCAGAAGAGGAGGCGGAACCGGAGGCUGCCCCAGCCGCGCAGUCUGAAGAGGUAAAGCCCGCUGACGCCACUGCGCCAGCUGCCGAGGAGCAACCGCCCUCAUCCAGUUUGAUCGGCGAUCUGCAGGCGGAGCUCAAGGCACUGCAGGCCAUGAGGGACACCCCGUCGUUGGAGAUGGUGCGCGCGGAAAAGCGCCAGCUGAUCCACAACCUUAAUGCAGCUCACCAGUUGGAGGCAGAGCGCAAGUCGCGGCAUCUUCAGAACCUCCAGGCACUCAGCAAGUUGGAGGCUGAACUCAAGUCGCUGGAUGCCAUGGACACCACCCCUGCCGUGGAGCUCCUGCGCGCAGAAAAGCGCGUGCAGAUCGAGAAAUUCCAGACAGCAGAGAAGUCGGAUUCAGAAGAAACGACGCGGGAGAUCCAGCGCCUGCAGGAUCCGGCGGAAGCCGCAAAGGAGGCCGCACCAGCUUCGCCCGCAGAAGAGACGAAGCCAGCUCUUGCACAGAAGCGCUUCCAGCCCCCCAGUUCCGAUCUCAUCGGCAAGCUGCAGGCAGAGCUCAAGGCGAUGGACCAGAUUCACGUCUCCCCAGCGUUAGAGACGCUGCGCGAGGAAAAGCGCAAGCUGAUCGACAACUUGCAGACAGCUGACAAGAUGGAAGCAGAGCUCACCGCUCGACAGCUCCAAAACACGCAGAAAGCCAGAAAGUUGGAGGCCGAUCUCAAGGCGCUGGAUGCUAUCGACGAUACCGGAACCCAGACCUUGGAGACCCUUCGCGCGGAAAAGCGCACGCUGCUUGAAAAUCUGCGAGCAGCUGACAAGUCGGAUGUCCAGUUAGCAGACGUCUCAAGAGAUCCAGCGCCUUCAGAAUCCAGAGACAGCGUCAAAGGGUGCCUCAUCAGCCUCUCCCCCUGCCAUUUUCGAGCCUGAAGCCGCAGCCGUGGGCCGUAAGUCUUGGUGGCAGAGGCGCUGGCGCGAGGCGAAGCCAGAUGCGAAGGAGGAAGCCGGGAUGGAAGAGCAGCGGCCUGAAGUUCCGGCGGCCGUUGCGGAGGAGGCGACACCAGCGGCCGCAUCGGCAGCGUCCGCUGAAGAGGCGAAGCCCGGCCUGAGCGGCUGUUUGGAUGCCGCGCCAGGGGACCGCUGCUACGAGUUCGUGAUGUGGUCCCUCGACAAGGGCCUCGAGCAGCACCCAGACUGGUUUCCGUCGUUCCAGCGCUCGGGCUCGGAGGAGCAGAACUUCAGGCAGAUGCAGGAAGUCCUGUACAGCAAGGGCAAGGCUGGGUGCGGAAAGCCCUGCUGAGCCGACCACGCCCGCAGCGCCGCACUCUGAGGCCUGAUUACUGCUCAGCUGCGGCUCUUCCUGCUUGAGCAGCCCAGUCCCCUUUUGUCCUUCCCGCGCUGGCGGUUUAGCAGGAGCACGAGCACUGAUCCUUGGAGCACGAUGUCUGUGCCUCAGGGCGAUGGGGAGGAGGAGGAGGAGAAAGAGAGGGUUGGUGGGAUGGUGGCCCGAAGCCCGAAGACGUCUAGGGGAAGGAGUAGAAGUUUGAGUGUCACGGAGACCUCGUUGCAUGUUAUUCUAGCUUGUUUAAGAUCCGCUUUUUCUGUGUCCGAUCCUCUUGUUGCUUCGUGCGUGGAACAAACUCGUCACGCUCAGCGUUCGCAUUGAUCAUCGUUCCCAGACAUCCUCAGGUACCGAUGACGCGCCGCCUGGCUUGAUAGCUUCAUGCAGCCCAGUCUCGUUGUACCCGUCGGCUUGAUAAGGUUCUGCCUGGCCGAGGACCUGGACGAAACAAGC